AUGGGUUGGUGCGCGGGCAGCGGGAGCUCAGUUCCGAAUUUGCCCUACAAAGCACAAGAGAUAGGGCGUGACCAAGGACUCAGAACGGUGUACGCGCGUACGCCUCUUGACGACAAAGGAGCGUGGAUGAAGAGGAUGGAGCCAAGCGUCGGUACGCUUCGGUUGGCCUGGACAAAGAAGAAGUGUCGCGAGUCAAGCGUCGUUGCGCUUGGGCGAGCCCUGGACGAGCAAGGAAGCGUGUCAAGCGUCGAGGACGAAAUGGAAGGUGUCGCAUUAUUCACGAAUCCGCAAGGAGUAUGGAACCUUUAUUCGGGUACUUGGGAUGUGCCUCCUGGCCGCGCUUGGAAUGGCAAAUUCUGGGCCGAGACCUAG